CCGGUCACCACCACCACUACCACCACCACCACCACUGUCGCCUCCCAGCCUCACCCUCGCUGCCUGACUUGCUGCUCAGCGCUCAGUUCCCCAAUAGACGCGGCCGAGGUAGCAUGUAACACCCUCGCCUCUUGUCCCCUCAUCACUGGGCUACACACACCGCCGCUCCCACGCCGCCGCACACGCCUUACAGUGCCUUGCUUUACAUGUGCGUGUCACCAAGCCACACACCACCACCUACGCUACUGUCAUCACGUUUUCUUCUAAAUUUAUCGAACUUAAUGGAAAAUCUGUGUUGGUGAUUCUGUUUUUACAAGGAUAUGGUUUUUCUGAAGGGGAGUCUUGACAGCAGUCUUUGAUACGCGUGUGUGUGUCUACUGCUGGUACUGUGUGUGUCUACCUGUGAAACACCUGGUGAUUAGAACCCUUUUGGUGAUUUUGGUGAUUGCUUCCGUCCACCUGAUUCACCUCUCUGCCUCUUCCUCCUUCUGCCCUACGCCCGCCCGCUUCGUCAGUGAAAGAAAGUGAUGUGAAAUGAAACCCUCCAAGACACCACUAGGAAAAUAAUAGCAGUAAUCACAACAAAUCACCAGAAAUUGCAUGUGACGCAGUGUGACGGAGCGAAGGAUUACACAGGUAUGCUAAUGAGGUGAUUGAUUCAAAGGUACGCACUAUCUCACCUGUCUCCCUGCCGCACACCUGUCCACGGCCGCACCUGUCGCCGCCACCACCUAGGAAAGAACAGGACAUGUGGUCAUAAAUAUAGAAACAAGCAAAAAGUUACCUGGAAUAGAAUAACACUGUCUGCAUCUCACGUGUGAAAAAGAGAGAGAGAGAGAUAGAAGAAAAAGAGUUAUUCACAAAGUACAAUAAGUAAAACAGGAAAAGAAAGAAAGGAAUGAUUGAAAUAACGAAGGAGGAAAUACUGAACUAAACGGACGAAACACUAAGAGAUAGAAAAAAAGAAGAGAUCAAACCAGAAACACAAGAAAAAAAAACUGAACAAAUUAAAUAAAAAACAAAAUUACAGAGACAGCACAAAGAAUAGACGUGCACUACCUGUCUAUCUACCUGUCCACCUACAAGUGUGUGCGCCAGUCCGUGUAUGUACAUGUGUGUGUGAACGACUGUGGCUGACUGCUGACCCCUGCUGACCCUGCUGACACCAACCCCCUGCCCUUCCCCUGGCGAUCCUGUGACAACCCAUGAGACACCCUGACACUCCCUGGGGAUUAUGCUGAUGACGAGGAGCUGCUGGGGUUUUCCUGGGGCGUGACUCCCCUUCACACUGACCGCAGCAGGGGAAGAUGAGGAGUAUGGAGGAGGAGGUGGAGGUGGGCGGGCCCCGUGACGACUUCCUGAGCGAGGACGACCACUCCCCGACCGACGCCUCUGAGGACAGCGUGGAGGUCCGCGUCAAGCCCAUCCGCGCCCCUCCACGCCCGCCCACGCCGCCCGCACACCCAAAGUUCCAUAAGUUCCGCAAGCACUACUCGGCGCUGCGUCAGGAGUACGCCGCCCGCGCUUCCCCCGAGGCCGCCAGCCCACCCAGUCCUGCAGUUCCGCCCCGCCCCAGCCCACCCGCCAGCCCCGUGGAGUCCCCUGUGGGCGCGGCGCCGCUCUCCCCCGGGACCCGCGCCGCCGCCCGCAGCCGCCGGAAGCCCGCCGAGCCACGGCGGCUGUGCCACGACCCCGCCCACAAGCGUCCCCACAGCCCUGACGCCCCGCGCGCCGCCAAGGUUCCCCGCGCUGACCCGCAACCCGAUGCCGCCGACAGAAGCACGCCCUCCUCGCCUUCCCCUGGGGCGCCGCCCCUGCUGGCCCCGCAUCCGCUGCUGGGCCACCUGGGCCGCCCCGCCAUGGGCGCCUUCCCGCCACUGCUGCUGCCCCCCGCCUGGCCCCCCGUGGCCGCCCAGUGGGGGUAUCCACGGGUGGUGACGCCCCUUGGGUGGGCGGGGCUCACUCCCGGCCUGACCCCUCACCCCUACCCCAUGUUGCUGCCCCCACACUAUCCUCUGCCUCGCCCUGCCCUACAUCCCCACCUCCACCCUGUCUCGCCCCCGCCCAGGUCACCCCCCGAGGCCCCCUCCCCCACCGAGGACCGCCCGCCUCGCGAUGACCUGCCACUGCCCUUGGUGACCAGAGUGGCGCCCCCCGAGACCCCUGCUCCCCCACCGCCUCCCCAUCCCCACCACCACCACCAUCACUCACACCACCCCCACCAGACGCAUGGGGGGCGGGGGACGGAGGUGAGCGUGGUGCGGCGCGCCGGCAAGACGCCGUCCUCUUUCCUGAGUGUGGAGUCGCUGAUCGGCAGUAGCGGCCCGCCGCGCGAGACGCCCGAGGCCGAGGAGGAGUCUGGGGGUGGCGGCGGUGGCGGCAGCAGUGGCGUCGGCGGCGGGGCGGCGAGCGAGGCCGCGGCGGGGGAGGAGGAGGAGAGCCUACAGGCGCUGCUGCAGCCCGGCAAGCACAAGCAGCGCAACUACAAGAACAUGACCCGCGAGCGGCGCAUCGAGGCCAACGCGCGUGAGCGUAACCGCGUGCACACGAUAAGCGCGGCGUUCGAGAAGCUGCGGAGCUCUGUGCCGGCGUACAGCCACAACCAGAAGCUGUCCAAGCUGUCCGUGCUGCGGAUAGCCUGCACCUACAUCCUGUCUCUGUCGCGCCUGGCGGGCCACGACUACAGCGAGGGCGCCACGCAGCCUUCCUUUAGCGAGUGUGUGGACCUCACCACGCGCACCAUCCAGGUGGAGGGCAAGGCAAAGAAGAAGCGGGACGAGUGACCCCCGCCGCCACCCCUCCACCUCCAGUGACGCUCAGUGUUCCUGCCCCGCCAUUCGUGCCCCCCAAACCCCCAACGCCGAGACCCCUCGCAGCCUUUUUCCCACCGAGAAAGACUCAAUUAUUUAUUUAGUGCUACAAAUUCACAAAAGACGAUCUGUGACAAAGUAUAGUCGAUAAACAUUUCCAAAAGACAAUUGAUAUUGUAAUAAUUUUAUAUUCUAGUCCAAAACCGAGAGCCAAGCUCUUCCGGCCUCCCGCUGCGCUCAGCGUCUUGCUGCCGCCGAGACCCUUCGCCGAGAAACACAGCAGAGCCGUCCAGCCGCCCCGCCCCGCCCUGCCCCGCCCCAGUCCAUCCCACCCCACCCCACUCCGCCCCACCAUGCCCCGCUACGCCCUGCCCGGCGCCGCCAGGCCUUCCUGCCAGCCCGCCCCGCAGGCCUCAGUGAUGUCUGGCGCGGCGGCCACGCCUUUACAUGCCGCCGCGCCCCACGAGCUUCCAUGUACACGAAAAGGUUACCUGUGCAGGACACAGCGAGGACACCGCCCGCCCGUCCCCCCACCCAUCCCCCGCCAACCCCAGCCAGACACCGGCACACCCGUGAACCUUGACCUCCAGCCACAUGACCUGCCAACACUAAUCCCCAUGUACUGCCAGCCACCACCCCGCCCCCCACGCCACACCCUACACCCACACCCCACACCAGACACUCUCGCCAUAACUGGGACAACACACACACACACACACGCACACACGCCGUGGUGGGGCUGGGGCUGGGGCGGGCGAGGUCGUCCUUCAGUUAUCACUAGAGUGAGGCGCGGGGCUCCACCAGAUAGCGUCCUCGGGACCUCUGCCACGCCCUCCUCCUCCUCCUCCCCGCUCCUCCUCCUCCUCCUCCCUCUUCGUCGGCUCUAUUUCCUCUCAUGUACAUAAUAUUGUUUGAUAAUGGAUAUAGUUUUCUAUUGUUAGUCUGUUGAUAUUAAAAUAUUUUACAAAAGAAAAAAGA